UUUGCUUUAAUUUUCGUCUUUUUUUUAUUAUUAUUAUUGUUAUUAUUUCUUGAUAAUGAUGAACCAACAAGAAGAAUCGAACAAUAGGAAACGUUCAAUUGAUGACAUUAAUACAAAGGAAGGGCCUUUUGAUCAGCUCAAGAUUGAUAAUGAUCAAAUCUUGAAACAAGUUCAACAACGAUCUCCUUGUCCGAUCUGUAAGAAAACUGUAAAAUAUUUUUGUUAUAAAUGUUACCAGAUUGUUGGAAUGCAGCGAUCUGAUAUACCUCAAGUGGAGUUACCUAUUCAUUUAGAUGUUAUAAAGCAUCAUAAGGAAUUAGAUGGUAAAUCGACAGCAGUGCAUGCAAAAAUUAUCGCAGAUAAAGAUGUUGAUAUCUAUACUUGGCCAGAUGUGCCACAAUUUGAACAGCCUGAAAGAACGUUACUGCUAUUUCCCGGACCUGGAGCAAAACAAUUAAAAGAUAUUCCACGAGAUUCAUUUGAUAAAGUUGUAGUGAUUGACGGCACAUGGAUUCAAGCAAGACAAAUUGCUAAUAACACACCUAUUUUAAAAAAGAUGCAAUGUGUAACGAUAGCUCCUCGACAAACACAUUUUUGGCGUUUUCAAAACGUGAAUGACGAACAUUUAGCAACUAUUGAAGCCAUUUAUUAUUUUUAUCGAGAAUUUAGUGAGACGUUUGAGGAUUCAAGCUAUGAUGGACGAUAUGACAAUUUAAUGUUUUACUAUAAAUUUUUUUAUCAAUUGAUACAGACGACAUAUCGUAAGAAUAAGUCUGUUAAGUUUAAUCAUCGACACCAACAAAAAGACUAUAUUAAAUAUGAGUAAUAAAUAAGGCCAUGUAUAUUAUUAUAUUAUAACAAGGAGAUAAAGCUUUUAGUUGUUAAUCUUUUCAUAAUUUGUAUUUCCUAAAUUAUUCAAGAAAUGAAUGUUUUUGUUUAAAUC